AUGUCGGUAAAAGCUCUCUUCGUUAUCACAACGGCACUCGCCAGCCUAGCCAGCGCUAUUCCAGUCCAAAGACACAGGCAGACCAGGCAGACUGCAGCCCUGCCCAUCGUCGUCAUCGAGGGCUCCACGCCAGAUGCCGACGGUCUCGCCCUCACGCAGGCGACCGAGUCCCUCUACCUCUAUCACAGCCGUCUCGGCCAGGCGGGCACCAGCGCCAUCGUUGUGACCGAAGUCGCCGCCGCCGACGCCUUCUGGCACGCGACGCUGUCGAACGCGACCGGCCGCUACGUCGCCGGCAAGGCGCGCAUCCAGGUGCUCGUGGACCCAGCCGUCCUCAACGCGUCCUCGGUCGGGGCCUGGUUCGCGGGCGCCGGCACGGGCUGGCCUAAUGACUUCCUCGAGUCCAGCCCGACGCACUUUCUCGGCUUCAUCGGGGCGGGGACGAGCGACCCGGCUGCCCUGGAUGAGAACACGGAAGGUUGGGGCAAGGGCCCGAUCACGUACUUCAAGGGCAAGUUAGAGGAGCGGCCGGCCUUCAUCCCCGCGCUCGAGGACUUCUCCGAGGACGGGCAGUUCAACCUCGGGCUGGCGCUUAAGGAUGGCACCACGUUUGCGCAUAGCCUGACGGGUUUCCGGGACCUGCCCGACGGAGAGGGUGUCGAGGUGUUCCAGGGUAUCUGGAUCCCAGAUAACGUGCCCGACUACGUGGUGUCGGGGCUCCAGGAGCAUCUCACGGUCGAGACGGCGAAUUGGUUGCGGCUUGCUUAUCGAUGGGUCAUGACGAAGGCUUGA